AUGGAAUUCCGCCCGACUUUCAAGUUCCCCCAGCUAUCGGCUAGUCGCCGGAACUGCUUAGUGAUUAUUCUUUUCGGCUGGGCGGCCUGCUCGUUCCUCUUACAAGGCCUAGGAGCCGCAUACUGGGCGACCUGGAUGAGUGUGAGCAGCCUGGACCACCCUUUCAUACUGAGCGGAACGGAUGGGAAGUCAGAUACCCUAGUGGCCAAGGGGUUUGGGGACAAUCAUACCGAUAUUUGGAAGCACCUUGACGGCAGAGAAGCCUUAGCGCUUUCCAAGGAUGAGCGACAGACUUCAGAAGUGAACCUGCUUCCUCUGGAGCCUUUGCACGAGGAGUUUGUCGCGGGCCGCGCGACUGUUUUCCUGUUGAGAAUUCAGAAAGCCGCCAGCAGCGCUCUCGACGUCAUGUUCUCGACGCACAAGGACAUGGACGAGUGCCAGCCCAACAUGCGGGUGCUCGAGGACGUGGAAGGGGAGCGGUGCAACCAGCUGUUCGCUCUCUUGCAUUACGCCGAGUAUGACCCGGAGACUUGCGGAGGUCUGACGGCUUGGGAUGACCCCGCAUGGGAAAGUCUAGACUGUAUACCUUGGAUCUUCUCGUAUACCUACGAGGAAAGCUGGAACCGCCUGCCAACCCCAAUCCAAGCCCGUUUGCGGCGCGCGUUUCAAAGCUCGCGGCUUGUCAGCGGCCACUUCUCUUAUGGGAUCCACUCAAUCGGCCAUCGGGGCACCUUCGCUUACGUCACCACGCUCCGGCACCCGGUCCACCGGGUCGUCAGCUGGUGGAACUGGAGCAUCCAAACGGGAAAGCUGGCGCCACCGGUUGGGGAAAGUGCGUUUGAAGACUUUGUCCGAGACGCAGACUUUCCGGUUGGCGGCUUCCAAAAGAGCAACCACAUGACGCGGGUCUUGUGCAACCAGGGAACAGGGUUGGUCUCCGAUCUCUCCGAAGAGCGGCUUUCGGAGGACACCCCACUUGAGCUGCUUACUGAAAUGACCCAGGAGCAUUACCAAUGUGCCUUACGCAACCUGCAAAACUUCGCGCUCGUAUUUGUCUCGGAACUCAUAUCGGAGGUCGAGCCCUUGGCCCCCCUCCUUUCGAACUUGUUCCAUAUGAGAACGACGGUGGCCCCUUUGACAAAUGGCACCCAAUCCAACCCGACCAUAUUAGACGAGAGCGCGGGGAUGGUCGUGCGGUCCAAGUUGUCGGAAGCCACUACGGCAAAGUUGAUGGAACUGAAUAAGUGGGACGUUUUGCUGUACGACAAGGCACGCACAUUACACGACGUUUCAGUAGCGAGGCUGAAACAAUGGGGCGAGAAUGCGAAGGUAGAAUAUAAGGGAGACUAUGGGUUUGGACUGUCGAAAUCUCGAGUCUAUAAACCUUGA